CAGGGAAAGAGGGCUGAAUCCAGAUGAUAGACCCGAUAUCCUAUGUAGGAUAUUCAAAAUUAAGCUCAACCAACUCAUCAAGGAUUUAAAACAAAAUAAGUUAUUUGGAGAAGUGAAAGCAGUCAUUUACACAGUGGAGUUUCAGAAGCGAGGCCUGCCACAUGCACAUAUAGUAUUGUGGGUUUAUGAAAAACAAAAAUAUGUCUUGGCCACAUAUAUCGAUAAGAUAAUUUCAGCCGAGAUCCCGGAUGAGAGACGUGACCCAGAGUAUUACACCAUGGUGAAGGAGCUGAUGAUACAUGGCCCAUGUGGAUUGUUGAACAAAAAAUCGCCAUGCAUGGUUGGGAACCGUUGCACAAAAUACUUUCCGAAGAAGUUUGUACAACAAACGACCAUCGAUAAAAGCGGUUUUCCAAUCUAUAGAAGAAGACAGAAUGGUAGAACUGUGGCAAAAGGUGACAUUCUUCUUGACAAUAGAUUCGUUAUUCCGCAUAACCGCAUGUUAUUACUUAAGUAUGGUGCCCACAUCAAUGUUGAAUGGUGUAAUCAGACACGUUCAAUAAAGUAUCUCUUCAAAUAUAUAAA